GCCUGUCAGGGGGGUACGAGUGACCGACUAAACGCAGAUAAGAGAAACUGGAAGCUGUUUGGCAGGACUCCUAUGUACAUCGACAUUCUUGGAUGGUUGGCUGUUGUUUCUUCGCCGGACAAUGGAGCAUCGGAAGAGGCAAACUACUUUUCUAAAGCGUUUCGCAUGGUUACACAGCUCUCUCAUCCUUCUGGGCGCGCUGGCUCCGAUGACCAUGGCUAAUAACCUGCCUCAGUGCCAGGAGGGGGACUACUAUUUUGAGUACACAGAGUGUGAUAGCACUGGCUCCAGAUGGAGGGUGGCCAUUCCUCAGCGGCCAGGAGAGUGUACCGGACUACCUGACCCCGUGCAGGGCACAGAAUGCACAUUCUCAUGUGCGGCGGGACAGUUCCUGGAGAUGACAGCCCAGGAGUGCAGGCCAUGCGCUGCCGGCUCCUACUCUUUGGGCAGCGGCAUCCGCUUCGAUGAGUGGGAUGAUAUUCCCCCUGGAUUCAGUAGUUUAGCAACCUACCUUGACAACAGUCCACAUGAGCAGGAUGGGUCUGCCUGUAAUGGUUCCUCGUGGACUGCUCAGGGUAGUUACGUGGAGUCUAACAGAGACGAGUGCAGCGUGGCCCUGGUCUAUGCUGUGCACCUGAAGAAGCAGGGCUUUGUCUCCUUUGACUACCAGUAUGUGGACAACAACGUAUUCUUCGAGUUCUUUAUUCAAAAUGACCAGUGCCAGGAGAUGGAGAAGACUGGAGAUAAGAAGUGGAUGAAGCUGACAGGCAAUGGAGAGUGGGGCAAUCACAAGGUCAGCUUACAGUCCAGCACAAACGUGCUAUACUGGAGAACCACUGGGGUUGCUGUGGGGGCCAAAGUAGUCAAACCAGUCCUUCUGAAGAACAUCCAAAUAGAAGGUGUGGCAUAUAUGUCAGAGUGUUUGCCAUGUAAGCCUGGCAUGUUCAGUAAUGCCCCUGGCUCAUCUUCCUGUGAACCCUGCCCCAGGAACACCUACUCAGGCCGAGGGGCCAGUUCAUGUACCCCCUGCAACACAAGCAGCCACUAUGCAUUGGAGGGCGCAUCUACGUGUAAGACGAGACCUGCUUGCUCACAGAAAGACUACUUCCAGAUCCACAGUGUCUGUGAUGAAGAGGGCAAGACUCAGAUCUUGUAUAAAUGGAUAGAGCCCAAGAUUUGUCUGGAGGAAUCCCCUGGUGCAGUAGCACUGCCCCCUUCUGGAAAGCGUGAGCCAUGCCCUCCCUGCAACCCUGGUUUCUAUAACAAUAACACGCCUACAUGCUUGCCUUGCCCCCAAGGAACAUACUCUGAUGGCCUCAAAGAGUGCCAGCCUUGCCCUGCGGGCACAGAGCCUGCCCUGGGCUAUGAGUAUAUGUGGUGGAACGUUCUGCCUGCCAACAUGAAGUCUUCCUGCUUCAACGUAGCCAACACCAAGUGUGAUGACAUGAAUGGUUGGGAGGUGGCAGGGGAUCAUAUUCGCUCUGGAGCGGGGGGUUCAGAUAAUGAUUAUCUCAUCUUAAACCUCAAAGUACCUGGAUUCAGGUUGCCUACAUCAGUGAGUGGAACCAGUGGAACUGAGGUUGGACGCAUCACCUUUGUGUUUGAAACCAUCUGCUCAGCUGACUGUGAACUCUAUUUCAUGAUGGACACUGACAGACGGAGCACCAGUGUGGUGGAAUCGUGGGAGGGCAGAAGGGAGAAGCAGUCCUAUAUGCACAUCAUGACUAAGAAUGCAUCUGUGUCUUACACAUGGGCCUUCCAACGCACCAACCAAGCUAAGGAUGUACGUCGCUAUGUGAAUGACAUGGCAAAGAUCUACUCGAUCACAGUAAUGAAUGCGGUGGAUGGCAGGGCAGCUGCAUGUCAUCCGUGUGCCGUGGAGUCACAGGGGCCUGGCUCUGCAUGUGUGCCGUGCCCGGCUGGCCACUACAUAGACGAGAAGAGCAGCCGAUGCCAGGAGUGCCCGCCCAACACCUUCCUCUCCGGGCAUCACAUCUACGGGCGCGCCGCAUGCCAACACUGCGGCCCCGGCAGCCACAGCGAUCAGGAGCACAGGUUGUGUUUCAGUGACUGUCUGUUCACACACGCGGAGCCGAACCAGACUCUUCAAUAUGACUUCAGCCCACUGGGCUCUAUUGGAUCCAUUAUGAAUGGCCCGAGUUUCACUUCUAAAGGGACCAAGUACUACCAUCUCUUCAACAUUAGCCUGUGUGGACAGGAGGGUCACGGGCCAGCGGUGUGUACCGAUAAUGUCACUGACCUGUCUGAUAAGGACGCCACGGCAACGGUGGUGGAAGCCUUCAUCUGCCAGUCUACCAUCAUUCCCUCUGAGGGGCGGGGCUUCAAGGCAGCCCUCUCCUCACAGCCUAUCAGCCUGGCAGACUCAUUUCUCGGAGCUACAGUGGAGAAAUCACUCAGUGGGGUAAUUGCCAGACCAGAGCUCUUCCGCAACCCUCCUACCAGCGUCCCGGACGUCAGCUUCUUCUAUCGAUCUCUGCAGGCGACAGCCUCCUGUGAGAAAGGCAGGAAUACCGUAGUCACGCUUCGCUGUAACCCUGAGCAAGGUGCCAAAGGGGAAAUAUCAGUACCCAGGGAGUGUCCAGCAGGCACCUGUGAUGGCUGCACCUUCUACUUCCUGUGGGAGAGUUCCAGCGCGUGUCCGCUUUGUACUGAGGCAGACUACCACCACGUGGAGGGGGUCUGCAGAGCAGGGGUCCAGGACACUGUGUACGUGUGGUCAGAGCCACGGCUCUGUUCUGGAGGGCUAUCCCUGCCGGUGAAGAGGAGCGUUCCCUGUGAGGCCUUUGGUUUGUGGCUGAAGGUGGGAACCAGCUUGGGGGCCUUCUGUGCGAUACUCCUCCUCUCCCUCACUUACUACUUCUGGAAGAAGAACAAAAAGCUGGAGUUUAAGUAUUCCAAGCUGGUGAUUUCAGCCAAUAAGGAGGCUGAGUUGCCGGCAGCAGACAGCUGUGCCAUCAUGGAGGGCGAGGGGGAAGAGAUGGAGGAUGAGGUACUUUACACCAAACCUUCUUUACUGGCCAAGCUCAAGGCUAUUGCCAAAAAGGGCAACGGGCAGAGCUCUGAGGCUGUCCAGCUGAAAUCCUCCCAGCCGGAGAGAUGGGUGUGGGGAUAGAGGGGGAAGGAAAAACGAAGAGCUGGUUGGAUUUAAAUAUGUACACACACAGUGGCCUUAAGACGGCGUGCGGAAAAGCUUGUUUGGAAGAUAAAAAAAAAAAAAAGAAUACUUGGGCUGACUGUGGGAUUUGGGAAGACACUGCCUAGGACUUGGAAGAGCCAUGUGAAAUUGUUCUGUUUGAUGUCAUGAUCACGUCUCUGAGCAGUAUGUGUUUGUUUUCCUUGUUGUUGUUGUUUUUCUUUUUUAGUAAAUAAUAUACCAGAAUUUAACACUUUCUUAUGGGAUUGUGUAGCAGAGGGGUCAUAGUACUUGGUAUUGCACACAGAUGCAGGUAUUCAGACACCAAGGAGCAGUCAAUAAAUUGCUCCUGGAUGGAGCAGGCAGAGCAAAGUACUAACACCGCCAAGGUCAUUGGUUCGAUUACCAGGACACACAUACUGUCAUAUGGAUAAAUAUGUAAGUUGUUCUGGAUAAGAGGGUCUGUCAAAUGUUGAAAAUGCAGAACCUGUGAAGCCUCAGACAGUAUGGGAAUUGUCAUUCUAAAUAAAAUAGCACACACAAAUGCAACCCUUUCAAACUCAGAGGCUACACCUCUCUUGACUGGUGUGUCCCUAGGUACCUUGCAGACUUCAAAAGAACACAAAUGUCCAAUAUCCAAAGGAGUAGCAGUAGCCACUGUACAUUAGAACUGGGUAAAAGCACGCUGAAGCAGUGCAGCACCUACCAGCUUUACUGUCGGGACUGUGAGGCCUGGAGGGCUAGCUCCCAUAGCCUUGAGCCACCAUCAGGACAGAGAGAGCCCAGCUUCCUUACCUCUGUAGGGAGGGGUGGGUCUGGGGUAAGAGGGACAGUCCAGGUGGCCUCUACACCAGGAGGACAAGGUACCCUUAUAGUGGCUCUACCUUGGCUUCCACCCAUGCUGAUGUGAUUCUGAAUGGCCUGUGUUUUCCUUCUUCUUUUGUUUGGAGUACAGUGAAAAUCCUUGUGUCAGACUGAAAUGUGAUCAGGGUUUUUGACAAAAUAAAUUACUGUUUGCACUGUCAA